AUGCUCGCCGCCGCGCCCGUGCGGCUCUGGCUCUUCGACAAGUCGGCGGUGCCCACGCGCUGCUACGGCGAGCUCGCGGCGUACCGGCCGGGCAACGGCACGGGAGUAUUCUCCUCCCACUGCGACUACGUCAAGGUGGUCCUGAACGGGUCCGGCUACUCGUACGGCGGGGCCUCGGCCGCGGGCCUCCGCGUCUUCGACGCGGCGUUCGGGCCGCUCGCGGCGAAUCUCAAGAAGAAGAACCUCACGAUCCCGCAGUGCACGCUCGGGAUCAACGGCGACGGGCGCCAGUUCCAGUUCCACGUCGACGACAUCACGUCGGCGGCGCGCUGCGUCUUCGCGUGCGGCCCCGGCGCCAAGGCGCUGGCCCAGCGGCUGUCCCGAUUCCACGGCGGCGUCGUCCGCACGAUCCUCGUCGACGAGGGCGCCGUGCUCAUCAUGCCCUCCUACGUCAUGACCAAGAACCCCGGCAACGUCGACGGCCACUUCGCCCAGGCCUACGACGGCGACGUCGCGGCGUCGGACUACAUCAUGCAUUCGAAGCUCCCCGACGAGUUCGUCGCGUCCCUCCUCGGCGUCGACGGCCCCUGUUCGAACACGGGGGUCUUCGACGUCGCGGACGCGAGCGGCGCCAAGGCCUACGACCAGGUCGCCGGCGAGAUCGCCUGCUCCCUCCUCGAGGUCGAGGCGGAGCUCGCCGCGGCGCCCCGCUUCGACGCGCGCGGCGCGCCGUCGGCCGAGGCGCUGCCGUCGCCGGCCGCGCCCGAGGCGCGGCGCUUCGAGGACUGGCUCGCCCUCAUGCCAAGUGCGAAGGACAUGGAGGCGAAGAUCGCGGCCAAGCUCGCGGACCGGGCCGCCGAGAAAGCGGAGCGCGACGCGGAGCGGGCCGCAAAGCUCGCGGCCAAGCUCGCGGACCGGGCCGCCGAGAAAGCGGCGCGCGACGCGGAGUGGGCCGCAAAGCUCGCGGACCGGGCCGCCGAGAAAGCGGCGCGCGACGCGGACCGGGCCGCCAAGCUCGCGAUGUGGGCCACGGAGCGGCUCGCGAUGUGGGCCGCGGAGGACGCGGCGCACGCGGCGGCGGCCGACCGCGCGACCAAGGACGCGAUGUGGGUCGCGGAGAAAGCGGCGCGCGACGCGGCGGAGAAAGCGAAGCGCGACGCGGCGCGCCCCGCGGAGCAGGCCGCCGCGAAGUGGGCCGCCGCGCGCGUCGCGAGGCUGAUCGACGGCUCCGCGGAGCCGGCCGCCGCGCCCGUCGCGGAGCCGGCCGUCGGCCUCCCGCGGCCCUACGUCGACCGCCGCACCGCGCCGUGGCGCGCCGCGCCGCGCCGCGCGGAGCCGGCCGCCGCGCCCGUCGCGGAGCCGGCCGUCGGCCUCCCGCGGCCCUACGUCGACCGCCGCACCGCGCCGUGGCGCGCCGCGCCGCGCCGCGCGGAGCCGGCCGCCGCGCCCGUCGCGGAGCCGGCCGUCGGCCUCCCACGGCCCUACGUCGCCGCGCCCGUCGCGGAGCCGGCCGUCGGCCUCCCGCGGCCCUACGUCGCCGCGCCGCGGCGCGCCGCGCCCGUCGACCUCCCGCGGCCCUACGUCGCCGCGCCGCGGCGCGCCGCCGACUUUUGCCCGCGCGCGACGACGACGCCGCGCACGACACCGGCGGUGCCCAUCGACGGCGUGUCGCGGUCGACGUGGCGGCAGCGGCGCCAGAGCGAGCGCGACAGCGAGCGGAACGGCGAGGCGGCGGGCGAGGUCUGCCGGUUCUUCCGCAUGGGCCGGUGCAAGCACGGCGCGAACUGCAAGUACGUGCACGCGACGUCGCGGGCGCGCACGAGCCGGCCGCGGCGGGGCCAGGCCGGCGAGGCCUUCCGGCGCGCGGAGUCGAUCAUGGGCACGCCGCAGCUCGUGACGAAUCGCGAGGACCUCGUCGCCGCGCUGCGGGCCGCGGGCGGCGACGCGUUCCGCGUCAAGGUCCACGUGACGGGCUGCGACUGCCACCGCGCCGCGGCCUUUGGCGAGGUCGCGCCGGGCCUCCUGGCCAUCCCCGACAGCCGCGGGACGCGGACCGCGCUCCACGUCGCGGGCGGCGGCGGCCGCGAGGCGCUCGAGGCGACGCUCGCGGCGUCGCUCUUCCCGGACCCGCCCAUCGACGACGUCGUGCUCAAGGCCAACUGCGCGCGCUGCGUGCUGGAUUUGGAGCCCAACGGCACCGUCGCCGUCGUCGGCGACCGGAGGGACCUCGCGACGCACGUCGCGGCGUACCGCGCGGCCGUCGCCGACUCGACGUCGCUCCACGGCGACGCGGCCCACGCCGUCGCCGUCGCGCCCAUCUCGCUGCUGCGCGCGGCCUUCCAGGCGCCCUCGCGCCAGUCCGCCGCGGCCGCGCGGCAGCUCGGCCUCCAGCUCGAGCCCUACGGCCUGCCCGCCAAGGCCGCGCCGCCCAAGGCCGACCACCACCUCCUCACCUUCCUCAACUGCCCCCAGGUCGCCGACACCGACGUCUUCGACGCGUCGCACUGGAUCCUCGAGCUCCCGGGCGGGAAGCGGAACCUCGGCGAGACGGCCUGGGCCGCGGCGCGGCGCGAGACGUCCGAGGAGGCGCUGCUCUGGCUCGACGACGCGGAGCCCGCGGUCUCCUACGACCUCUCGACGAUGCGGUGCUUCGUCGUCGCCGCGACCGCGCCGUUGCGGCAGCCGCCCGACGCGCUCGCCCGCAUCGCGUCGGCGCUCGAGGUCGCGGGCCUCGCCGACGACCCGCCGCCGCCGCCGGGGCCGCCGCCGCCGCCGCCGAGGCCGCCGCCCGCGGCGCCGCCGCCGCCGAGGCCGCCCGGCUGA